AUGUCAUCACUUUUAUUGAUUUCUGCUUAUCAGAUAUUUCUUGUUCUCAUAUUAUAUACAGAAGGAAAUGAGUUGGGAGGAUUCAUCUGCCGUCUUCCAAAAAACAAUGGAUUCGGGUGUGGAGUCACCACUCCUCACUCUGCUUAUUAUUUUGAUGUAGAGAUUCGAGAGUGCAUCGAGUUCAUGUUUGAAGGAUGUGGUGGAAAUCAGAAUCGGUUUUCGAGUCGACAAGAGUGUAUAAAUGGAUGCAAAAGUUUGACUUCAUGUGGAAAAGGGAUGCCUCUAAUGGAUUUCGCUGGCAACAUCAAACGAUGCGACGGCGAACGAGUCCCAUGCCCCGGAAGCCACGAAUGUAUAGGGAAUGGGAUGAGUAGUGUAUGUUGUCAAAAAGCAGACAGAAUCUGCCAGGCAUCCGUCCACCCUGGAACCCCUUGUGGCGUACCACCGACCACCAGAUACUACUUCGACUCCUCCUCCAAAACGUGCCGCCCGUUUGCGUUCACCGGUUGCGGAGGGAAUGAGAAUAAUUUCAAGGCGAAAGGAGAGUGCAUGAUGUUUUGUAGUACGGAAAUAAUCUGUCCGCGUGGCGAGCCGCACGCUGAUCGCUAUUCAAUUAACAACAUUGCCACAUGUAUGGAGGAUAAACAUUGCCCGAGGAAUUACACGUGUACAGCGAAAGUUGGCAGGAAGGGAGCGUGUUGUCCGAGUAAAGAUUUCGUUUGCGGAACCCCGUUCGCCAUCAAAAACAACUGCCGAAAACCUGAGCCAGUCAGCACCUACUGGUUUGACUACCGAAAAGGGGAAUGUAAACGGGCGGAGCAUUCGAAUUGUGAAGAGCACUUCAACUCGUUCGCCAACUUGGAACAAUGCGCGGACUAUUGUAUUGGAACCUGUCCGAAUGGUUUGGAAAUCCACACAAAUCCGCGAACCAGUCAGCCCCACUUGUGUGACUCAUCGAAAAACGAGGGGUGUCCGAUGGGUUUCGAGUGUCUGAAAAGCAGUCCGUACGCGUCGAUUUGUUGUAAAACUCAUCCAGUUUGUCCGUCUGCUGAAUCUAUUCUGUUGGUUGAUGAGGAUAAUGAGGCUGUGCGAUGCUCGGCCAGUAGGGAUACUUGUCCGGAUCAAUAUUUGUGUCAACCGGCGAAAAAUUUGGAACACAUCUGUUGCACGAAACCACUCAACUGUCCCACUGGAAUGGAUGCUCUUCGAGAGAACGGAGGACGCCCACGUAUCUGUUCGAUCGGUGUCGAUGGAAAUUGCCCUCAGGAUCAUAUGUGUGUACAAGGCGAUGGGUCAUCUGGUGCCGCACGUCACCUCUGCUGUAAACCCCGGAAGAAGUGUGUCAUCCCGUAUGUGGAUCCAGACAAGAAGCGACCGAUUCGAUGUUUCCCCGGGGACGAGUCAUGUCCAUUAUCCACAGACUGUCUUCCAGCUCUAGAGAAUUCGGAGACAUUCUCAAAUCUAACGAAUGCAAUCGAUGUGAUGUUCUUCUGUUGUCAUACGGUAUCUAUCUUCAGUUGUCCAGAUGGCUCCACCCCGUUCCUUGACCCCAACUCUGGUCAACCUGCCACAUGUCUUCCCGCCAAUCCCUUCUCCUGUCCAGCGGAGCAUAGUUGCACAGCGCUUAUGGAUGGCACCACCGCAUGCUGUCCCAUACAAACACCACUUUGUGUCGAAGCCCUGGUAUCUGACGACGGUUCACCGAAAACGUGUAAAGGCUGGGAUGAUAACACAACGUGUCCGCAAGGAAAGUGUCAGAAAGCAAUGGAUGGAGCCUACUAUUGCUGUCGACCGCCCAUGCUACUCCUACAGAAUAAUGCGCCUACAGUACCCCAAGUGAAAGGUGUCUCUGAUAGAGUCGGGGAGUACAUUGCGAGAAGUUUGGGUAUACUCUACACGGAUUUUGUGAAGCCUCCCAAGAGAAAGAGACAACAGGAAUACUUGAAAUUGUUGAGAAAUUAUAGAAAUUAG